AUGGAAAAGACUGCUGCUGAGAUUUUAAGCAGUAAAGAGAAGAUGUACUUCAGUUUUCUGAGAAAACGAAGUAAAGUUAAGUGGCUCCAACAAGGGGAUGAGAAUACUUCGUAUUUUCACGCUUAUUUGAAGAAAAGGAAGGUGGAGAAUAGGAUAGCAACUUUUGUUACUGACCAAGGCGCAGUUAAUGACAAAUUUACUGAAGUUGUUGAUCAUUUCUUAAACCACUUUCGUGGUUAUAUGGGGAGCAGAAACACAACCACUAUGAGGCUGAAUGUUGAGUGUUUAGAAAAGGGUACUAGGCUCAGCCUGGAGCAGCAGCUUGAUUUACUGAAAGCAUUCUCGAAUAAGGAAAUCAAGGAAGUUCUUUUCAGGAGUAUGCCUUAUGAGUUUCAUGCUACAAUGAUUUCUUUAAUUCCUAAGAAGGAUAACCCUUCGAGAGCUGUAGACUACAAUCCUAUUGCGUGCUGUUCCACAAUUUACAAAUGCAUUUCUAAAUUGAUGUGUUUGAGGCUUGCGGGAGUGCUUCCUUCCUUGGUCAACCAAAACCAAGGAGCUUUCAUUAAGGGUAGAUCCAUAGCUCAUAAUGUGAUGAUAUUGCAAGAUCUUUUGAAGAAUUAA